GGUUUCGCCGAAAGUUCCGCUGGAUACGCGCGCGAGCGUCCUGCGUCCCGGCGCGCGUGAAGGGCUGACGGUUCCGUCCUCUCUCUGACUGACCCUCUCUAGGUCAGCAAUGCCGGAAGCCGCCACUCAAGAGGGAGAGGCGUCGGGGUCCGGAUCUACUCGCGCGCUCCGCCGCAGCCAGAGGUUCACGGCUGCAGCAAGUUCCACGGCGACGACCCGGUCGAUGGCCCUGGUGCGUGCGCGGCAGUCCCCGGGGUCCCAAUCUCCACAGGAACCAUCCGCGCGAUCCAAUACAAGGAAGAGAAAGAAGGGGCCGGCUGCCAACCAGAAACCGAAGAAACGGGAGGAGCAGGAGGAGGAGGUCUCAUCCGCAGACAGCUCCCCAAUUCGCGAGCCACAUAUCCCGGAUGAGAUGUAUCGACUUGAUGAUCUGGAUACGUCCAAAGUCAUUCAGAAGGCACUAGGAGAUCAUUUGGACAAAAUAGCUCGCCAUAUGGGAUUGCCUACUCUGAAUGUGCACAUGUGCAGAGCUUCCAUGUGCGUUCUUGAUGACCCAAAUCUGGUCCUGACCUUGAAUCUUCAAGAAAGGCGGUGCUUAAUGCUGCUCGCUCUGUUCUCGGGCUUUCGUCCUUUGUUGGUGGUUCUUGUUCACAUGCAGGGUGGCGCCACUGAAAAGGCCACCCUGCAGUACCAUCAGAAGCACUAUGAUUUGGCCUUCUUCAGUGUUAGAAUGGAUCGGCCCGUUCAUAUACUUUCUUUCAAUGAUGGUGUGAAGCGUUCUGACCAAGUUUUUGAGCUUGGAAGAGAUGAAAAGUCGUUUCUAAGGAUAAGCCAUGGUGUGGUGAAAAUCUUGAAUCCAAACCUGCUUGAACGGUAUCACUAUAUGCAUGUUCACAGUGCAGAUCCACACCCCGAUUAUGGCAUAGGAGGGCCACUCAUUGACUUUGGUGGAAAAAUCAUGGGAAUGGUCAAUGGCAAUACAAGCGGGUCUUUUAUACCGUCUUCCAUUUUAGUCAAGUGCUUGCAUUUGUGGAGAAAAUUUGGGUGCAUCCCUCGGCCCCAGCUUGGUAUGAAAUUUUGGUCAAUCAAGUUUGUAGACAUUGCUCUUGCUGAGAAUAUAUUGUGCAAGUGUAAUAUUGAUGAUGGCCUUAUUGUAAAAGAGGUGUCAUAUGGAUCUCCUGCUGAGAAACUUGGAAUACUGGUCGGUGACGUCAUUAAUUGUUUCAAUGGAGAACGCAUCUCUACAACAGUUGAGUUGGAGAAUAUGUUGCUAAGCAAAUGCGAGGAUGAAAAUAAUAGCCUUAAUUCUGAAGUCAAUGUCAAACUUGAUGUGUUUCACAUACGCAAGUCUCGCUGGAGUGACAGAACAUUAACUGUAAAAGUGUCUGAUGACAAUGAAGUUGUUGCAACAGGAGUUAGUUAUCCUUUCGGAGACGGGACACCAUGAUCAAUACCAUGUGACUUGACCGAACGGCCCAGGAAGAUAGGUUUGGGAGUUCAGGACAGAUACAUGCUUCGGUGAAUGGCAAGCGUGUAACCUGCAAGUUUCUGCUAAAUGCAUUUGAUUUCUGUGGCGGUGUAACUCAUUGGCAUAUCCUUGUACCGCAAGUACUGGUGCAGGCAAAGUGACUGCUGUUUCCUUUGUGCGUGAAAACGGGAACCGUCAGGUGAGCUGACCCUGUACAUUUCUGAAUGCUUGUUGAGUCCCUACUUUAUGUAUGUCUUGUUCGAUGAACAAACAAGUAUCCUGGUCCACUGAAUGAACAGAAGUUGAGGAUCC